AUGGCCCCGGCGCUCUUCAAAGAGCUUUCCCGUGAGGAACGGCAAGCAGCACGUAAACGAGGCGCAGGACGCACUUUUGUCGACAGCAACCCCAUCACUUUUGCGCGCCGCAAAUCGCUCAAAGCUCCCCUGGCGCCUGUUGAUGUGAAUGAUCAUCUUGUGGCUAUCAGAGAUGUCAAGACUCCGCGCAAAGAGCGGCAGGCAGAGGUAUCGCGGUCGGAGAGGAAGCGCAAAUCAAAGAUGAUGAAUUUUGCGACACCCAAGACGGUGAAGAAGGCAAAGACUGUGGUAUCGUCUUCUACAAAGGUGAAUGCCUCGCAGGAGAUUCUAGGAGACUUGAAUACAGCGGCCGUGGCUCCUACUCUGCAACGAGCUGGAACAGAGCCAUUGAGCUCAAGUUUGCAUCAAUCUGAUCGACCAUCUCCGCCAGGUCCACCCUCACCUGCAUCGCCAGAUCAAGCAGAAGAGGAAGUAGCUUUAUCAAUCAAGAUCAAGACGCCUGCUCGCAAGCGAAAGCAUGAAGAGACUAUCAAGCAGCCCGUCAAGGUUAAAACGCCUGCUCGAAAGCAAACUCACGGACAUACUGGCAAACCGGCAGUCAAGCGGCCUCGAGGCCUUCUUCGAGAACUGGGACCUGGCGCCUCCCGUUUCAUUGUUGGCGCAAAGAACUAUGCGACGCCAGAAAAGAGUAGAGAGAACAAUGCGCCGAGACGAGCAAGCACACGAAUCAUACUAGCCGCUCAUCGUCCUGCUAUCCCUAUUCGUGUCAUCAAAGCUCCUGCCAAGUUGCCAUCCAAGAAAGUCAUCAAGUCUGUCAAGCCAAUCUCAGAUUUGGUCUUGUCAAUUUGUGUUUUGCGUGAAAUGGGAUUGACGUGGAAGUCUGUGGGCGAAGUGCUUGGGAUGACCGCGCAGAAGGCCAGCAAGACGUGGCGAGCUUUAACGAUUGACAUGGCUCACCGUGCAGCUCAAGAUGCGACACAGUAUGCAAAAGGUUCAGGGAAAGCAGUGAUCACUAAAGGAAUGUCUCUACGGCCAAUGACCAAUUGCGAUGCAUGUCGGCGAAAGACAAAGGCAAAGUGCGCCGGAAAGUGCAAUAAGCGUGGAUUACUGGUCAAUUCAUUUGUCAAAUCGCUCCUGCGCGAUGACGAAGCGUGUCAGGAAUCGAAUGUGGAAGACUCGCUGGACUUGCUGAGCGGUUGA